CUUAAAUCUUUAGACCAAGUCCUUAUAUUAUUAUAUUCAGUCUCAAUGUUAUGUGAAGUCCUCAUAUUAAUAUGUUAAGUUCUCAGAUUCUUAGGAUAAAUCCUUCUAUUAAUGUUUGAAAUCUUAAAUCCAUAGAUCAAGGCCUUAUAUUAAUGUAUUCAGUCUCAAAUUGUUAUAUGUUUAUUUUGUAUCAAAAGCAUUGUAUAAAUUUGUAUAAAACUGAUAAAAAAUAGAAGAAACACAGGAGGUUAAAUAUCUUUUGACCAAAAACAGGCAACAGCAAUGGCAUUGUCUGUAGCCUCCAACAAUUCCUCCUCAGUACAUGAGGCAGGGCACAGUGGAUAGGCAUACAGGCAUCCUUAUAUUAAUGUAUUAAGUCUCAAUGCUAUGUGAAGUCCUCAUAUUAAUAUAUUAAGUUCUCAGAUUCUUAGGAUAAAUCCCUUAUGUUAAUGUUUGAAAUCUUAAAUUCAUAGAUCAAGUCCUUAUAUCAAUGUAUUCAGUCUCAAAUUGUUAUAUAUUUAUUUUGUAUCAAAAGCAUUGUAUAAAUUAGUAUAAAACUGAUAAAAAAUAGAAGAAGCACAGGAGGCUAAAUAUAUUUUGACCAAAAACGGGCAACAGCAACGGCAUUGUCUGUAGCCUCCAACAAUUCCUCCUCAGUACAUGAGGCAGGGCACAGUGGACAAGCAUACAGAUGCAGAGUUGUCUGUUCUGCUUCACAGUCACACAAGGUGACAAACUAGGUUUAAUAGAAAACCUGGAACGGCCUUUCAUAGAAUCAUAGCGUUGGAGGAGACCUCGUGGGCCAUCCAGUCCAACCCCCUGUCAAGAAGCAGAAAAAAUCGCAUUCAAAGCAUCCCUGACAAAUGACCAUCCGAUGUAGUAUUCAAAGGCUUGGAAUCGGCUUUCAACUAAAAACUUUUCAGUUUUCUUCGCAAUUCCUAAAAGAGGGUCUGAUGAAGUGUACAUUCAUCAGGCAUAAAAACAGUGCACUUCAUUUGUAGACUUUCCUAUCCUUCAUAUUUAAGCCAUUUUGAGUUAAACCCAGUUCAGACUUCUAACAAUGUUGUGAAGGAACAAGACUGCAAGGUUUCAGACUCUAUGAUUCAGACUCAUCUUGUUUGAAUGCAAAACGCACCAGUCCAAGACGUUUGCUUUGCUCCCCGUGUGUGAAUGUUUACUUGAGAUUACCAGGUAGAUGUUUUGGCGCCCUGUGAUUUCCUUGUUGCAACCUGCUAUGGAGAGCAUCCGUUGGGCCUUUGCUUAUACUGCCUGGGUCCCUUGCCGUGAGGAUUGGCUGCUGGCUAUGCGCCUCAUCCAGCCAGAAGAGAAGGAGCGCAUUGCACAGUUUGUUUUCGGCCGUGAUGCCAAGGCUGCUACGGCUGGCCGUCUACUGAUAAGGAAGUUAAUCGCAGAGAAAUUGAAUGUUCCAUGGAACAAAAUACAAUUGCAAAGGACUUCAAAAGGCAAACCUGUCCUCGCCAAUGACGUAGGCAGCGCUGAGUCCAAUUUCAGCUUCAAUGUUUCUCACCAAGGGGAUUAUGCCGUUCUUGCAGCUGAACCUGACUGUCAAGUUGGCAUUGAUGUCAUGAAGACCAGCUUGCCAGGAAGUGGUUCAAUUUCUGAAUUCUUUCGUAUUAUGAACCGACAGUUUACAGAGGAAGAAUGGAAAACAAUCAAAUCCAUGGAUAACGAAUGGCUUCAGUUGGACCUGUUUCAUAGGCACUGGGCAUUAAAAGAGAGCUUUAUAAAGGCCAUUGGCGUUGGAAUAGGUUUCAACCUUCAAAGGAUUGAAUUUCAUGUAUCCCCAAUGCAGUUGGAAGUGGGGAAAACCUAUACUGAGACAGUUAUGCUCUUGGAUGGUGAAGAAGAAAAGGAAUGGACCUUUGAGGAAACCCGAUUAGAUGAUUAUCACCAUGUUGCAGUUGCUCUAGGAAAACCAAGAGGGUGUGGCAAGAAGCAUAGUGAGGUGCUUUCCACUGAUGUGACCCAGCCUGCAUUUACAGGACUGACUUUUGAAGAUUUAGUGGCCUCUGCUGUUCCCCUCACACCUGAAGACCCUACCUGCUGGGAUCACUUUUGUUCUAGGCAGGAAUCACCAGCACGACAGAGUUCUAAUCCAAGAUAAGCGAAGCUUUAUUUAUAAGAAAAGAAGUUGAAAGCACUCAAAGGCCUCCCACUGCUGCACUUCGGAGAGUCAAUUUGUGUAGGAAAGGAAGGGGGUAAUGCUUGGAUUAAAAUUGUUUAAAAUUACCUUUUAUGUUCAGUAAUUUGGCUCUUCUUUAUGGACUAAUUUCCUUUUCAAACAUUCCCCCACCCUCCGGAGUAAAUUCAGAGAAAGAUGUGGAUUUUUUUUUGCUCCUUGAGCCAAGCAUGCAUAAUUAUCAGGCUACAGAGUUCCUCUCUAUAAUGAAAGAGCUGGCAUAACCCUGCCUUGUGCCAGACAUUUCCUGUAAUACCUGCCAUGAGGAAUUCACAUCUAUGGCUUUUGAAGCAACAAUCCUUUUCAUGAAGUCUUUCACCUGUUCCAAGCAAUCGUAUAUUUGGCAGUACCCAAGAAGGCUUCAUGUCGUUAUGGGAGCUGCAUAGAAGAAUAAUAUAGGCCCAGUGCUCCACAAGAAGAAAGUCAUGGUGCAUAAUGAACAGGAUUUUUAUUUCUUUGGGAGGUAAUGUACCACUUCUGGCUUAAAAUUGUUGCAUCUCAAAUUGCCCCACUGCUAUCACCAUCUCAAUUAUGAGACAUGUUUUAAAAGAGAAACCUUUUUCUCAUAGUACCUGGCUGUGUUUAAAAUCUCCAGGAAGAUAAAGGAGUUCUCUACUGGCACCUAAAAAACAGAAAUAAAGGCGAACAGAUUACUGA